GUAUGGAAAGCUAACUCUGUGAUAGGGCUUUCCAUUCAAAUUCAAGCACUUCUUUUCACAUCUUUCUCCAUUGUGCAUAUAAGUAAGCCCACAAAUCUUCAUUCUGAACACACGAACAGAUAAAAUACGAUUUUUCAUAACAAAAAAUGGCCAAAUUGACAUUCUUGGGUCUAAAAGUUUUUCUUCUGUUUGUUAUCGUAUGUGUUCUGGCAUUUCAAUUGUCUGUUAGUGCACGACCGGCGACCUUUUCACAUGAUUUUCAAGUUACCUGGGCGGACUCUCAUAUCAGGCAACUUGAUGGAGGAAGAGCCAUUCAACUUAUUCUAGAUCAAAACUCAGGAUGCGGAUUUGCUUCAAAGUAUAAGUAUUUGUUCGGACGUGUUAGCAUGAAAAUCAAGCUCGUACCUGGUGAUUCUGCAGGAACAGUCACGGCAUUUUAUAUGAACUCAGACACAAACUCAAUACGAGACGAGUUAGAUUUUGAAUUCUUGGGUAACCGGACUGGACAGCCAUACACAGUACAAACUAAUGUCUAUGCUCACGGGAAAGGAGAUAGGGAACAAAGGAUCAACCUUUGGUUUGAUCCUUCUGCAGAAUUCCAUACUUACAGAAUCAUGUGGAACCAUCAUCAAGUUGUGUUCUAUGUCGAUGAAGUCCCGAUUAGGGUUUACAAGAAUAAUGAAGCCAAAGGCAUUCCAUACCCAAAGUUCCAGCCCAUGGGAGUGUUUUCCACCUUAUGGGAAGCUGAUGACUGGGCAACAAGGGGUGGCCUUGAGAAGAUAGAUUGGAGCAAGGCCCCAUUCUAUGCAUACUACAAGGAUUUCGACAUUGAAGGUUGCCCUGUGCCAGGCCCAAAAAAUUGUGCCUCAAAUGUUAACAAUUGGUGGGAAGGAUCUGCAUAUCAAGCACUGAGCCCAGUCGAGGCCCAGAGAUACCAUUGGGUUCGUAUGAACCACAUGAUCUACAAUUACUGCACUGACAAGUCCAGGUACCCAGUUACCCCACCCGAGUGUGUUGCAGAAAUCUAAAACUUCAUUCUUAAUCCGUACAAAUCUAUACGUACAGCCUAUUUAUACACUAGUUUGAUGUACAUGGAAUGAGCCAUGCGCAUGAAGAGACAUGGGGGGAAUUGUAUAAAAUGUUGUUUGGUUCAUAUAUCCACAUCCUAUGCUUUGAAUUUGUGAGUCCAUAGAAGCUUCAAAAGUCGCUGUCUUUUUCUUGCUGUAUUAUUCUGUCUGUAUUUGUUUAAGUCAAUAAUUUUAUAAAUCGCAUGAUUGACAAAAGAAAAAUCCAUUUGUACAUCA